ACGAAUCAGAUAUAGUGGUGUUGAACAAUAAACAAGCGUCUGGGUGAUAUGUGAAUCUGGUUUUAUAUAUUCUCCUUAAUUACUUAUCUCACAAGAAAUAUAAAAUCAAUAAAUGACGGAUUAUAAAGAAGAACAAACCCAGGAACUUGAGGCGUUAGAGUCAAUUUAUCCAGAUGAGUUGAAAGUGAUAGCUACAUCACCAUAUGGUGCGUUUGAGUUGCAUAUUGUCUCCCAGAAGGAAGAGUAUGGGGAUGAGGAUUCAGAAGAAGCUUCUGUUACAAUCAAAUUUUCAUACACAGAAAAAUAUCCAGAUGAAGUUCCAAUAAUGGAAAUCACCGAUUCAGAAAACCUAGAGGAUGAUCAGCUGAAUGAAUUGUUAGAUAUGUUACAUUCACAGGCCAAUGAGAAUUUAGGUAUGGCAAUGGUUUUUACCCUGGUGUCAGCGAUACAGGAGGAACUGACAACAUUAAUGGAACAGAGUAAACAGAGAAAAGUAGAAGCUGAGGAGAAAAAGAAACGAGCUGAGGAAGAAUUAGAAAGGAAAAAGUUUGAAGGUACCAGAGUUACCAUAGAGAAUUUUCUUGCAUGGAAGACAAAAUUUGAUGCAGAAAUGGCAGAACUUAACAAAAAUAGAAAUGACAAUGAAAUUGCUAGAUCCAAACUUACAGGGAAAGAGUUAUUUUUACAAGAUGCCUCAAUGAUGGAAUCUGAUAUACAAUUAUUACAAGAAGGUGAAUCUGUAGAAGUAGAUGAGUCUUUAUUUCAAGAUAUGGAUGACCUUGACAUUGGUGAUGAUGAACUUGCAGGUGUUGAUGAUUAGAUGCAAUAAAUUAUAUUUUAAAUAAAGAA